AUGCCUGAGAAACAACUAAAGACCCGCGAGGAGAUCGUGGCUGACUUUGAGAAUGAGCUUAUUGAGCUUCACGGGAUGACCGUCACCGUCGACGGCCACCCGCCGUUGGAGUUUUCGCGCGACAUGGAGCCGAUGCCCCAGCGCCUCCACUUUAUCUUGCCGGAGUACCUGACCUACACGUUGACGGUGCGGUUUAAGACACCCAAUAAGCAAUUGCUGAAGUUGCGGUACAAGCAGCUGGUGAAGAAGGCCGGGAUGACGCUUAACCUGAGAGAUGAGCACUUGUGCGACUCUACUAAUCUUGAGGAAAUGCACACGGUGACGUUGCCUCCGGAAACCUUACCUGGUGGUACCUUCCUCAGAGGCGUGUACCCGGCUACCCUGAAGUUUUUGGAGGACGACGAACCGGUGCUCCGGUGCAAAUGGACCAUCGAGUUGGUGAGUAAGAAGCACGCCCCCGCCAUUGGCGGAUACGAAUAG